AUGGAUAGCCUCAAUAAUAGCAACAUUUUGCGUAACUAUAAGAAAAGCGUCCAAGACAUAAAAAGACUCAAAACUUCAGCAUUUAAUCUAAAACUGCACACAAAAACUGAAAACUACCACAAUAAGAACCCUGCUAAUGCGGUAAACAAAAACAAUGAGAAGUACACAAUCUCACACGAUGAAAGCGAAAUUUUUCCAAGUAGUAAUCACUUUGAUGCGAAUUUAUUCUCGGAUAAUAGACCUUUCUUAUGCGAUUCCAGAACGUACUACAGUAAGCACAGCAUCGAUGACAACCAUGUCAAACGAGUAGCAGAUAUGGACAAGCAGGAAAUAACCAAUGGCAAGCACGAGAGUAAUAUUGUCAGCUUAAAUAAAGCUCACCUAAAUGUGGAAAAUAAAUUUGUCAGGAAUAACAGUACAGCCAAGUAUGGAAUAAAUCUAAACAAAUCUCUCGACAAAAUUAGCAAAAUAAGAAUUAUGCAAAAGUUUAGAAGAAGCAUUCACAGCCACGCCAAUGAAAGGGAUGAACACCGAAAUGGUACCUUCGAACACAUUAAUCUAUUCGACAAACAUACUCAACAUGACAGCAUUAAAGCCAAAGCUAAUAGUAAUAACAACAUGAAGUUCAAGGAUUCGUAUCACUAUAGAUUAGACAGCGCAAGCACAUGCGAUAGGGAAGAAUGGACAAAUAACAAAAAAGUUAACCACUACAAAAAAAACUCCUUCCAUGAUAACACCCAGAAUUCAAUUAGAAAAUAUCUAAAUGAAGUACCGCCACAGAAUGGAAGAGACAUCAAUUCUAAUUGUCCCUCAAGUAAUCAAAUUAGAAGCAAGCCAACGGUUAUUGCCAGUAAUAUCAUUUCCCUCAGCACAGAACAUACAGCCAUAUUUAACGGUAAAAAAAAAUUUCCACAGUACUUACACCCUAUGAAUCAUUCUGAAAAAGUAAAAAAUGUAAGCACCUCUCAUUUGAAUAACAACGACGAUUGUGACAGUUGUAAUUAUGUCAACAUUAAAAUGGGAAACAACCCCCCUGAUGGUAUUUCUUUCCAAAAAAGUAACUUCCCCCCAAAAAAAGACCUCAACUUUGGCAUCAAUAAACGGAUGGAACACCUGAACCUUUCACAUUAUUUCAGUAACCACGUACAGGGGGGAAAAAGCGUGAACCAAGAACACAGCCUACCUCAGGACACACAAAGGAAAGAUGAGCUAAUUCAUAAUAAAGGUGCCAACUGGAAUGAUACAGUUAUGCAAUUCAUGAAUGAGUAUAUGGAAAAAAAACAGUAUCUUCAAAAUUUAGAAAAAUUUAAUGACGGCCUGAAGAAUAAUCCUUCCGGAAACGCAAACGCCCUUAUUAGCAAUUUCAACUUGAGACAUUCAUUUGAUAUGAGCAUAAACAGCAAUGUGCUAAAAAAUAAUAAAUACACAAACAAUAAUUAUUUUAAAAAAACUGUACAGAACAAAAACUCGAAAUCAAAGCUGUACGAACAUUACGUAGACUUUGAGAAGGAAUUUAGGGGUAAAACGGAUGUGCAAAAUUUUAUAAAAAAAACGAAUGAACAAGCUGCAGUUUUAUGUGCUGCAAAUAAAUAUGAUGAACAACUGCAUCCACAUUAUCAUUGUAGUAACAAUAAUACGAGUGCAGAACGCACACUUAGCAGUGUGCAUGAGAAAAAGGGUGUUGUAAAGAGUGAACCACUAAAAGCAUGUGGUAACGCUUGCAAAAAACAAGAAAUUAAAGACGCCAGUUCACACAUCAUUAAUAUUCCCCUAAAUUUUAAAUUAAAAAAAAAAAAAAUUAUAAAUUAUAAAAAUAUUAUUCAAGAUUCAUCUAGUAAAAAACAGCAUAAUUACACAAACGCAUUGUCAACUCAGCGUUACAGAAAUUUUUUGAAUAUAGAAAAAGAACAAAAACAGCAGAAACAACAAAAUACAUAUUUUAACGAUAAAGCAGAAAUUUUCAAUGAACAUGAAUUUCUCAGUUCCUUUUUAAAAACGGAUCUUCAUGAUGAGCAAUGUAUGCAUGUUGAAAAAUUAUUUAAUUCAGAUGUGGACGACACGAUGAGCAACCAAAGGAGGGAACAAGCUAAGCAGCAAGGGGAGAAUAAAAUGCACGGAAAAAGUGAUCAUGCUGAUCAUAAUGCACACAUUGCUAGCGCACAACUUACUGAAAAUAUCAACCACAUAGAGAAGCAACGACUACAUAAUUGCACAUCCAAUUUGAGUACCCACAUAGGACCUUGCGGCCAAGGGAUUCAUGUGAAAGAACCACUGCACGAACAGCAGCCUGGACAAGUGGCAGGAUUAAAAGAGACAAAUGCAGAUCAUGAAAAUGAAGAACAAGAAUCAUGCUCAACAGUACCAGAAUUGACACAAAAUGUUAUGAAAACUGGAAAUGAAGACGAAGAUCGCAAAAACGGUAAUAUAGAAAGGGCUGAUUUUUCCGCUAGAAAUAUUGUGGAAACACAAAGUUUGAAUGAACAAAAUGGCCCCCGCCAGAUAGAACAACGAACUGUAAAGCCGGCCAUUUUUGAAAAGGAAACAAAGGAAGAAGAAUGCCUAGAAGACAAAAAUCAAACAUGCAAAGGCAGUGAUACAGCAGAAGAUAAACAAGAAGAAGUGGACAUACGUAUUAAUUGGGAAUUUCCUAACAACAUGUAUAGUAGCAACACAGAUAAUGAGGCCUCCUUAAAGAGUAGUGCAAGAAGGGCCGACCAGGAAGCACACUCAGUAGGCAUAUCAAGCAGCAUUCAGAAUGAUGGCACGUCUCAAAGUACAAUAAGCAAAUUUUUGAAAGACGAAAAUAUGGACAAACAGGAUUCACACGAACAUGGCCCGGGGACAAGCGAACAAGAUGUUGAAAUGGGCAUUGAAAAAGGAUACUAUUGUGCACAAUGUUAUCACACCAACGGGGGGAACAAAUAUGCGAACAUCGAAGGAGGUACAAUUUAUGAAGACAAAAAAAGACGAAACCUGGAUCUACAACAGGAAGCACAAAUCACCACAAAGGAGGAACAAGAAGAAGAAACAAAAAAUAAAAAAAAAAAAGAAAACGUACCAGGGGAAUGCUUCAAUAACAUAUCUGAGCAUAAAGCUAGCACAACAGAAGAUGAAGCAGCAAACAGCGAAAUAUGCAAAAAGGAUCAAAAAAGGAUCAUUAGCGAUGAUAUUACGAAGGGUGAGACUGACAAAUCGAACUCCUUAACUAGCCACGACGAUGUCGAACAUUUCAAUGCUCCCACAAAAGCAGACGCAAAAGAAGAAGUAAGUGCUAUCAUUUUUAAGCAGCAAAAUAACAGAAACAUAGUUGCCUUGUUAAAUGAAAAAAUUGAAGCAGAGGAGCAAGAAUUAACGCUGGAAUGUAUUCGCACCAUAUUGCAAACACAAUGUACAGAAGAAGCAACAAAUGAAAAAAAGGGAAAAAAGAAAACAACACACAAUGGUUACACCAUGCAGGAUGAAACUGCUAUAAGAACAACCAACAACAACGAUUGCGUACGUGUUCUGGAUCAAGAAAAACUAGAGCGUUGCAACAAUCAGCAGAAAAAAUCUCCGAAUAUGCAUGAAAACAAAGAACAUGAUGUUUUGACGCAUACACAGGAAACGCAAGCGGAACCAAAUGGUGAUGGCAAGGAACCAAAAUGUGUCGAACUUGAAAAUGAAAAUAUGUACAAUGGGAACAACACCGAAGAGUUUAAACAAAAAAUGAUUUUGAAUGAAUGCGAAAAAGGUGAUCAGGCUGAAAGCGGAUAUAAUGCAUGCAUAGGUGAAACUUUGGAUGAAACAAUUCCUUGUGGAAAUAAGACAAUUGGAGAACAGUAUAAAAAUGCAAAAGACAGCGCAAUGAAUUGUGGAAAGUGCAAAGAAAGUAAUAAUGACCAUUCUGAAAAGGGCAUCCCAAUCAGUAGUAUCGCCCCCGAAGAGGAUGACGAAAGCAGCAACAAUCAACGUGUAAGUACAAAUGGUGACAUGGGAGAAUGUAAAACUUCCAAAAGAACGUACACCGAGAGCUGGCAUAAUAGUGUAACCCCAAAUGGUUACGCUUUUGCUAAACCAGAAUUCAAUGAAAAGAAUAUAUAUUCCCCUGCUCAUAUGCUGAAUGAUGAUAACGUUAACACGGAGAUUCCUCAUAUAGAUUCUAACAAAGUAACAAGGGGAGAAACAAUAACAGGCUGUAGUCAGCUUUGCAUAGAAAUAAACAAGCAUGAGUUAUUUAAGCAAUUACACAUCAAAGAAAAUCGAUUACGUCACAUUAACUGCCUGUAUCACUCAUUCGACUACGAUAAGGGAACAGUUAGCAAGGAAAGAGGAAAUGGACCAGAAUAUGACAGACAAAGUGAGCAACAAAAUGCAUCACACAAUGAACGAAAGAACGAAAUUAGCACGUGCAGUACUAGCGGCACUAAAAAGGACAGAACAGAAAGAUAUGCUCACAUAACCCACUUUGAAGAAAAGCUGAGGCGAAUUUUUAACCCAGCACAAGACCAAAAUGGAGUAGUUCCCCAGAGAAGUAAUAACAUGCAAACCACAAGGAAUGCCACUAAUGAGCCAAUAAAUGAAAAAAUAGAUAACGCAAUGGAAGGGAAUAAAUAUAGUCACUCUAACAUAUUGCUCGCACAAGAAAAAGGUUGCGCAACUCUCCAGAACGACCCAAUUCUCCUAGAUACAGAAACUGAAAUGGUGAAGGAGGAAUAUAUUCAAAUGGAAGAUAAGCAUUCUUCAGUCUCCGAUGCGAAGGCUAAAGACCACCUCAUUGACCACAGAGUUAUCCACAGCACUGAUGGUACUGAUGACGAGAAUGAUGACGACACUGAUGAUGACGCUGAUGAGAACGUGGAAGAAACAAACAUUUUGUACGAAGACAUUAAAAGAAACCUAUGGCUGCAAAAUACCAAUCUUUCCCAAAAUACAGUACAAUACAUCCAAGUCGAAUCGGUGAAAUGCAUCAUGUUGUUUUGCUAUCUGCACAAAAUAAAAUAUUUCCAAGGUAUGCACGAUAUGAUAAUAAGUCUGUUCUAUUUAAACCUUCAACCCUACGAAAUUCUCUGCGUAUUUGAAAACAUACUAUAUUAUUAUGCCCCCUAUAUGUUCCAACAACAUAGUUGCAUGUAUAGCUCUCCAGGAAUUAACGCAAGCAUACAGACAGACACGAUCAGCUGUGCCUUAUCAAACAUAACUAUGCAAAUAUGUAACACUAAUGGAAAGUUAUUUCGCCUUCUGUUUCAAUAUUUCUUCCCAUACGUUAGUUAUUACGUCGAUGCGGCAGUUAGCGAUACGUGGCCAUCAUUAUUUUUCCUUAACCUCAUCUUCAGCAAAUUCGAUAAUGUGUUCUGCUUGCUAUACAUAUGGGUGCGAUUAAUACAGAUGAAAAAUCAAACGAGUGAAGUCACUUGUGAUUUUAUUCUUUUCAUAUUAUCCUUCUGCAUGCACAAAUUGAGGAUUAUCAAAAGAGAAUUUUACGAAAAAAGAGGUCUAAUUACUAUGACUACGAAUUCCCCAUGUGCGCUGUCAUGGGAGGACAAAAAAAGGGAUGAUAAGUAUACACAAGAACAGGCCGCAAAAUGCAGUCAUAAAGUAAUACAACAAAUACAUGCGCAUGAAAUCAAUAGCAAAAAGGCUGAACAUAAUGGGGAAGACGAAAGGCAGGCAAUACAUGAGGAAAGCGGCACACAGGAAGACAACAAAAGUGAUAAUGAAAUUCACCAUCCGAUACAGACAAAGAGAAAAUAUACUCAAAAAGAGGAUGAAAAAGCAAAAGAAGUUAUUCGAAAAAUAAAAUUAUCCACGUACAGCUCAGAAAUGUUCUCUCUCUUUUUUGAAUUCAGUUCAUCUUUUGAUGAUCAUUUUGGGGAUAAAUACAAAAUACACAUAGAUUACAUAAUAAAUGAUAUCCCCAAAAUUAGAGAUAUUGUGCCUCCGAGCUUUUUACAGUUCCUUACGAAAUAUAAUUCGGUAUACCAGAAAAAGAAAAAGAACAAGACCAGCAACAGCUUCAAAAACCUCUACGGGUACACCAAAAACCAAAAAUUAUCAGACAGCCUCACACUUCCCGAGGAUGACCAUUUGUGCCUACAUAUAAAAUUGUCAGAUUUGUUGUUUAUUCAUAACAAUGUAGAGGGAUAUUAUUUUGUUUUUCUGCGAUUAGUAAAGUGCCAAAUAAUUUUGAGCAAUUUGAUAUUAAUUAAUCGUGGUAACUUAGUCAUAGAGAAUUUUGCCCGUUUUAAAAAUGUAGAGGAAUUUGUCAAGCAUAAGAAAAAAAUACCUAUAUCCAACAAGUGCAGAAGAGCAAUGUAUAUCGUGCUUGUAUGUUCCCAAGAAAAUAAUGAGAAAUUGAAAGAUUGGGACAUCAACGUGAACGAUAGAUAUUUGCAUGAACACAAUACGCACACUGCAAGCAACGAAAUAAAUGGAUCCAAAAAUGUAUGUUCCAAUAGAGUGUUUUUCAAAAGAAGCAACAGAAAAGAAUACAUGUGCAGCGAACAUAAUGGUGAAUUGCCCGUAGAUAGGGCCUACCUGAAAAACCUCAUAACAACAUUGGUAAAAAACAAUUUUAAGCGUUUAGCUAUAUUGAAAGUACAUCCAAAGGUGGUCAAAAUAAGGAAUAAGGAAAACAUAACAGAAAAGGAGACAACAGAUGGUAACGCACCCGUAAAAGAAAAUAGCUUUUUCUUUCAUAUGUUCAACAUAGUGAAAAAAAAAAUAUACACAAAUAUUACAAAAGAUUCUGAGACGAAUAAGAAUACACCCCCACAAAGCAACGAACCUCAAAAUAACCAUACAAAAUUCGCGUUAGAGCAAAAUAAUUCUAAAAUGUUCAAUGACAAGAGGAUAAGAAAACGAAUAAACUGUAGUAACAGAAAACCAGUUUUGUACUCAAAUAUUACGCAUGAAAACAAAGAUGAAAUUCCCGCAAGAAAAUUAAAUAAUGAGGUCCAAAAUGGUUCAUCAGGCAUGAUGAAAAAUAAGGUAGACAAUAAAAUUCACAUGUUCCCCUUCAAAUUACGUAAACGUAAUGAAUCAAAGAGACUAGUACAUGGCUUUAAGAUCAUUGGAAAGAGAAUGAAUUUAUCCUCUAGAUUAUUUCCUAAGCCCUAUGUCGACGCCUUUAACAAGCGACCAACUGUCAGGAAGCGCUAUGUGCAUAGAACACGCACGAAACAGAGACAGAAGAAAAGCCUUUUGCGCAUUUUAAAAACAAGAGAACUAAAUUUAGAUAAAAACAAAGCACAUAGCAAUAACACUGCGUUGUACAACAAAACAGACGAAGAAGACAAAAGUGGCACCAAAAUGCAUAUCUCCGGUACGAAUUACAAGAAAAAAAACAGCUUUAUUUUUAUAAAUAGGGCACAACUGGAUGAGAAUAUUAAAGAAGGGGAAAGGAAAAAUGCAAGAGAAGAAAAAAAAAAAAAAAAAAAACGACGUUCUGGAAGCUGUAAGAUAACUUCUUAA